AUGGUUGACAGUAGAUGCUUUUACUCCCUCAGCAAACUUUUCCGAUCAAAAUAUCUUAGUGCAAAAUCCAAGCUGUCUAUCUAUAAGACCAUAAUACGCCCCGUCACCACCUAUGGGUGUGAAGCAUGGUCACUAACAGCUUUGGAAACCCAAAAGCUCGCCGUGUUUGAAAGGAAAGUUCUGGGCAAAGUGUUUGGGCCAAUGAAAGACGAAGACGGUGACUACUGUAUACGCAUGAAUCAUGAAUCAUGA